GGCGGCGCCCAUGGCGAGCGCGGCGCCGGCGCCGGGACAGGGUUGAGCUCGGGGGACCCGGAGCCGGCACUGGGCAGGGGCAGCUUGGGAUCGCCCGGCAAUGGCGGACGGGCUGGGACGCGCCACGGGAAUUUGUGUCUCUCCUCAGGCUGCCAAGGCCCGGAGCAGGACACCAGAUCCCAUCGAGGACGUGCUCGGGGACCUCCUGGGGUUCGAUGAGGAGCCCCCCGCUCCCCCUUGGCGAGGUUCCCGGGCCCCCUUCCCGCAGGUGAGCCCCAGGUGUUCCCAGCUGGGAGCACCUGGGACUCCUCCGACCCCCCUGACCUGGGCUGUGCCCAGGGAGAGCCUGGAUCCGGAUUCCGGAGGCAAAUUCCCAACGGAGAAUGCAGAAGGGGCAAAGGAGCUGGAUCACCUGGAUGAGCUGGAUGAGCUGGAUGCGGAAAUCCUGGGAAUGGCCAGAGUCGGGUCCAGGCUGGGGAAACACGCCGGGAAGGGGCUGGGUCCUGGAAGAGGGGCAUUCCCAGAUCCGGGGGACCCCCUGGAAAAGCCGUGCCCGGAGGAGCCGGCGGGGCCUGGGAACAGCUCCGGGAGCAAAGCGGGACGGAGCAGGGACAGCGCCCCACCACGUCCUGAUGUCACCUUUGGGGACGACGUCGAUGACCUGGUGGAUUCCCUGGGGCUCGGGAGCGGUGCCGACGGAGCCAGGAACGCGCAGGGAACGCCAGGAGGCCAGGGGCUCCGGAAGGGCCACACCGGGAUCCAGGAGCUGCUGGGAGGAGGCUCUGCGGGAAAAACCCCAGAGCAGCCGGGAAAAGCGGAAUUGCAGCCGGAUGCCAAGGAGCAGGAGCAGACGGGGCUGGGCAGGUGCCAAGAGGAGCCAGAUUUUCCCUUCGGAUUCUAUGAGCCCUCGGUGGCCUCAGGGACUGGGCAGAGACGGGGACGGAGGUGUCUGGUUGGGAGCAGCUCCCGACGUCCCUCUGGGGCCACCUGGCUGGGGCUGAAGGAUGAGGAUUUCCCAGGAUUGGGAUCGAAGGAUGAGGAUUUCCUGGGAUUGGGACAGAAAGACAAAGAUUUCCCAGGACUGGGACAGAAGAACAAGGAUUUCCCAGGAUUAGGACAGAAGAACAAGGAUUUCCCAGGACUGGGAUCGAAGGAGAAGGAUUUCCCGGGACUGGGACAAAAGAACAAGGAUUUCCCAGGGUCAGGGCCCGAUCCCCCAGGACAGGAGGAUGGGAGCUGGCUCAGCACUGCCCGGGCACGGAAGCAAUCCCAGGCUGAGGCUCCAGAGCGGAGUUCCCACACCCAGAGGGUCCCAGAGCCCCCUGAGCCCACCAGGCUGAAUCUCCCCAUCAGGACACAGCCCCGUGGGCAGGUGGCAGCAGCAGUGCAGGAGGUGCCGGGUCCUGCCACGCCCGCUCAGGAGGAUCUGGAGGCUCUGCCAGCCCAGCCCUGCUUGGAGAAUCCCCGAGCUCUCCCAUCCUGGCUCUGCCCAGAGCAUCCAGGAGCUUUCCCAGCCCAGAAGCACCAGGAGGAUCUGGAAACUCUCCCAUCCCAGCCCCACCAGGAGGAUCCAGGGGCUCUCCCCUCCCAGCCCCACCAGGAUUCCCAAACUCUCCAGUCCCAUCCGUGCCAAGAGGAUCCAGGCUGUGGGAUCACCCUGCGCAGCCUCCAGGCCCGGGUGGAGGAGCUGGAAAACCAGGUGCGGACUCUGGAGCUGGAGCGGGCACAGCGGGGACCGGUCCUGGAGAGCUCCUACAGGAGUCAGGGAAAGGUGGAGAAACAGCAGGAGAGACCACAGCGGGAAAAGGAGCAAAUCCCAUCCCGGAGCCAGGGCACGGCACGGGAUCACCCCGGAUCCCAGGAGUGGGACGAGCAGCUCACAGAUGCCACAGUGGGAUCUCCGUGUCCUGGGAUGGCGCAUGAGCACGGAGGGAUUUCCAUGAGGGAUGUCCAUGUGGAUGGAGGGAGGUCCCACAUCCCGGGACAUGCCGUGCCUCUCGCAGUGCUCCAGGACAGGCUGUGCCGGCAGCAGCGGGAUGCAGAGCGGGAGCAGAGCCGGCUCCAGGAGGCUGUGGCUGACUUGGAGACCAGGCUGGGAGAGCGGGAGCAGCUCCUGGAGCAGGUGAGGCCCUAUCCCAGAGCUGUGCCCGUGUCUGUGCCCGGCCUCCUGCCGAACUGCCCCGUGUGGCUGCAGGAGCGCCGCAGGGCCGCGGCCGAGCGCUCCAGGGCGGAUUCGCUGCGGGACGCGCUGGAGGAGCAGCGCCGGCUCUCGGCACAGCUGCUGGCCAUGGAGAGGGUGGCGCUGGACGAGGCCAAGGGCACGUGGCUGGAGGAGCAGCGCGCAGAGCUCCAGGAUCGCUCCGAGGAGCGGCGGCGGCUGGCAGCCGCCUGGGCCGAGUUCCACACCCGGGAGCGGCUGAGCCGGGAGCGGGAGGAGCAGGACAAGGAGCGGGCCCUGGGCAUGGAGUCUGCGCUGAGGAGCCUGGCCAAGGAGCAGGCAGAGCUGAAGUUCCGGAGCCGGGAGCUGAGAUCCAAGGAGGAGCAGCUGGCGAGGGACAGGGAGGAGCUGGACGAGGCCCGGCGGGAGCUGAGGCUGGAAAAGGAGAAGGUUCUCCGGGCUGAGCAGCGCCUGCGGGAGCGGGAAGAGCAGAUCCAUGCCCUGGCUGAGCGCUCGGAGCAGCAGCAGCAGGACGGGGAGCGGGCGCUGCGGGAGGCACGGAGCGUCCAGGCCGAGCAGCGGGAGCGGCUGCAGGCCCUGCGGGAGCAGCGGGAGCAGCUGAGGCAGCAGGAGCAGCGUCUGCACCAGGACCGGCUGAGCCUGGAGCGGCAGAGGGAGCAGCUCCAGUGGCUCCGGGAUGAGCUGUCCCCUGCUCCAGGGACACUGCUGGGGACAGUCCCCAUCAAUGGGCUGGCUCCGGUGGCUCCUGGGCUCCUGCCUCCUGUGGGGAUGUUCCUGGGGGACAGCAGGGACCACCCAGGCUCGGCUGCACUCUAUGGACACCUCCUGCUGCUCAAGCACCGUGCCCAGAUGGACCACGAUUUCCUGGAGAACGAGCGGCUCUUCUUGGAGUCCCUGAAGAAAGGGCCCUGAACUCCCCCUGCAUCCCUGGGGAUUUCUGUGUCCCAAGCUGACACUGUGGGAUCUCAAAAAAUAAAUGUAUUUUUGUAAAAAUAAAUUUUCUACUAAGAAACUUAC